GUGUGGUUAGGUAGGGUGCGCUUGUUUUCUCAACCGAUCUUCUCGGAUCCGCCCAGGAAGUGGCAGACACAGAGAGGGAGGCAGCGAGAAAACAAAGCCGAGAAAAGGAGUGUUACUAGCUGAAAAAGUUGUGAAAUUACCACCUUUUAAAACAACAUUCAACCCGUGUUUUCUCCAUGUAUUUCCCCCUGAAAACUGGACACAGACUCAGCUUUUGACGCUGGUUGGGGGUUCGCUUGAUUCUGUUAACAUGGGGAUGAAUGGCGGGGUUUUAUCUCAUUUCGCAUAACGUCGGUUUCCUGAGAGAAAGUGAAGUUUUUACCCUCUAAAAACCGAGGAGUGGGAUUAAGAGUUUUUUUUUACCCUAAGUAACGGUACUCUUCUUUUGUCUUUAUUUUACCCUCCCUGGACCCUGUUAUCAUGACGCCUGACCUCCUGAACUUCAAGAAGGGGUGGAUGUCCAAGCUGGACGACAGCGGAGAGUGGAAGAAGCAUUGGUUUGUUCUGACUGACGCUGGAUUGAAGUACUACAGAGACUCGAGUGCAGAGGAGAAAGAUGAGCUGGACGGGGAGAUUGACCUCAAAUCGUGUGUGAAAGUAUGUGAGUUUGACGUGGAGAAGAACUAUGGGUUUCAGGUACAGACGAGGGACUCUUCUGCUCACACUCUGUCGGCCAUGACGGCGGGGAUCAGGAGGAAUUGGAUCGAGGUUUUAAAGAAGUGUAUAAGACCCAGCAGCUCUCCAGACCUCACACAAUUACCAGACGGCAGCAGUGAUAAGGAGAACUCUCAUUCCCGCUUCCUGCAGUCGUCCCGCCGCCCGUCGUCUCGUCACGCCGACCCUUCCUCAGAAGCCCCGACCCCUGCUCCUCCCACUCACCGCAGGUUCGACUACGUGGAGCUCUCUCCGGUUCCCGUCCCCGCCGGGCAGAGAGAGGCAGCCGAGGGUCAGGGCCGGGAGCACAGCCAAUGGCAAGAGGAGAGGAACACCAGCAGCCAAUGGGAGGCCGUGCUGUCCAGGAAGGGCACCGGCGCGGGAUCCAAUCAGAGGCUACGCACCGAGGAUGACGUCGAGAAAAAGUGGGCUGAGUUCGAACGCUUGCCGCUGAAGGAGAUGAGCUCCUUGCCGCCAAUGGGAACACGGCCUUCCAGCCAGUCAGCCAAUGAGGCGCUGCAGAGGGAGGUAGUGCGUGGAGAUGAUUUGUUUCCAAUUUGCACAUUUAUAAGUAAAAUGCAAAUUAACUCAUCGGUUCGGAUGAAGUUAACAUUUCCUCUUUCCGCCUGUUAACACUUGAGACACUGUCUUUUCUGACCUGCUCUUCCUCAGUGUUUUCCAUCUAAAAUAUGCAGAAAAAAACACAAAUAGUAAGAUUAGCCUGACAGGAUUACAGUGAAUGUGAUGACGUUUUGAAAAAAAAACCUAUUAUUUUGACUGAUAUUGUAACUGCGAUAUGAUUCUUGAUGUUAGAGGGGGAAAUAUACUAAGAAAUACAUUACAAUUAUCAUGUUUUUUAAGAGAAUAUGGAUCAAACUAGGAUUUUUAAUUAGGUGUGUAGCUCCACAAUACUUUAUUCAGAUAUUUUCACAUAUGCUACCUGUACUUGGGAAACACUGCUGGAUCUCCUCUGUUCUUCUCUGUGUGUUGUGAUGUGCAGCUUUGGUUUGAACCUGUUUGAAGUCUCUCUACACGUGACACUGGGCGAAGAACCAUUUACUUUAUAAACAAGAGAUGUUACGUUCAUGCCAAAGACAAUUGAUGUGCAUUCAUUCUUUAAUUAAGCUAUUAUUACCCUUUAAUGAGAGCUGAAUGCUGCCUUUGUGUUCAAGCUUCUUCUGCAGCUUGAGUCUAAUCAGGCUUUGAAAGGUCAGCAGGGAUUGGGGUCAAAGUUUAAAUGAUUUGAACUUUGAGCACCAACAACAACACAACACAAAACCUCCACGUCAUUAGUGAAAAAGUGGUUCUGCCAGUGAUCAGGUGUGGAGUGUGUGUUGGCAGUGAGACAAUGGAAAAGAAGAUUACAUGUUAAUUAAGUCGAUCAUGUUUAAAAGUCAGUGAGUAUGAAAGAAAUAUUCCUACUGUCAGUUAAGCAUUGAAAAGCAUCUCCUGUCUUUAUUUUACGGCUGUACGAUUUUGACAUAACUUAUUGCGAUUACUUUGACUGAUACUGCAAUUUAGAACAGAUUGUAAGUAGUACG